AUGUAAUCUCAUCUUGACAGUUUCGAUAAUGAAUAACAAUUUCUAAAAUCUUUACUCUAAAAGGAUCAAAAACCUGAAAGAAUCGAUAAAUUAAUUAAAAUUAGGUUAGCUAAAUCUUAAAUGACAUUACAUUCUCAUCAAAGAUCACAACAGACUGAAAUUUCAAUUGAAAAGUAGAAACUACCUACUCAAUCCUCUAUUCGCAGAGAGAGUUAAAGAGAAUUGAGAGACAAAAAAUCAGUCGAAUUAAAGCAACAAAUGUACAAGUUGUUAUUGGCAUUCGAAGAUACGUGUCAAAUAUGGAAUGGAAAAAACAAACUAGAAAAUCUAUUAGAUAAUGAUUAGAAAUUUGUUGGUUUCAUGAAUCUCACCUACAAUCUUACCAAUUUGCCGUUGAACAUCGAAGGAUUGGAAUAAAUGUUUAAAGGAACUAAAUACGUACUCAAAACUUUGAAACCUUAUAUCCCAUAAAGUUUGGAGAAACUGAUCUUCGAAGAUUAGGAAUGCCAAAAGUUUCGGCCAUUAACAUUUUAAUAUUAAGUAUUUUAUAUCCUGAAUAAUCACUCUGAAUUGAUAGACACUUUUACUAAUUAAGCCAUUCGAUUGAUGCCGAGAUCCUCUAAAGAAUGCAGUGAUUUGCAGCAUUUCAUUCAAAAGCAAUUUCUCAAUAAAAAUUAGAAUGAUAUCGAAUAUAUCUAAUGUCUCUUUGAGAAACAAUUUAAUCAACCCUAUUAAUCUAUAUUGAAUGAGGCAAGGUCAUUUUGUAAUCUAGCGAUUGAGUAUGAAUAUGUGAAAUAACUGUAUUGUUUUUGUACGAAAGUGCAGGAUGCUUUGUCAUAGAAGAUCCAGUAGGAAGCAAAUAAGAAACAAGUUUACGAUAAGGGAUUCGAUUUUAAGACUGCCUUAUCUAAGAUUAAAUCGAAAGAUAUAAAUCAUGAGAAACUGUUUGCGCAAUUAGUGCCCAAGAAACAUGAGAUUAUCGAUAAAUUAGACAAAUUCGAAUCAAAGUUUGGUAGAAUUGAAUCCAUCUCCAAUGUGUAGAGAGAAUAAGCCAAAUUGGCUGAUAUGAAACACAAUCAACUUUAUGAAAGGAUUCUCAAAUUAUAAAAAUAAAUGGAAUGA